AUGGAUAUCACGAAUGAAGGUACGUCUGUCUACCACCGGACCCUGGCUGCAUAUUCUCGAAGCACAGAUGGCCAUCUAGGAGACUGCUUCGGGAAGAAGGCAGACUUGAUCCGAGCCGCCUGGCCUGAGAUAUGGUCCCAUAUGGCAUCGAUAAACGAGAAUAUUGCGUCGAAUUCCGGGCUCGCGAAGGGCUUACGUAUCGAGGAGACGAGCGGCAUUCCCAAUGUGCCCGGCAGCCUGGUUGCGUGGGAGAUCAACGGCACCAGGCUGGGAACUGUUGUCGGAUUGAUUUUGAAGGGAGGGCAUGCAGAAGAACUGCCGGGUGCACCUCUGUUCGACGAGGCUUUUCUCAGAAUCCUACUGCCCAGGAUCCGAUCCAACAUCGACUCCAUGAGCUGCGCCGUUGAAGAUAGAGGGCCGCUAGUCCAGAGGAUUAUAGACCUCUUUGAAAGAACUCUUCUUUACCGUUCUCCCAACGAUCGAUGGUUCGAUGUCGGUAGAAGCCGUUUCCAGUCCAAGGUGGAAUUCUUCGUGUCGCGAAACCUCAGGCUGGAACUGUGUCUUCCUGCCUUCCCAUGCAAAUCAUCGAAUUCGAGAAAGGUGCUGGGGGUAGUCCCCGACAAAGGAGAAGAGCUAGCGCUCAGGCGUCUGCAUGAGUUUGUGCAGUUGGUUAGAGAAAUAUAUGAUCCAGGGGCUAGAGUUCUGAUCGUUAGCGAUGGACACGUUUUCAGCGAUUGCAUCGGCGUGGACGACGACGCCGUUGACACUUAUGGGACGAAGCUCAAGGAACUCAAUGCCGCCAUUUCGAAGAGCAUCAGCGGAUCGGCAGACCGAGUUCAGUUCCAAUCUCUGGUGGAUCUCUUCAACCUGAAGGAUUAUAAUGGGGACAGUGACAUGCAGGACUUGAAGGAUAGAGCAUUAUCUGCGCUGCCGCAUUACUUGGCGACCACCUUCACGGAAGAGGCUGAGCUUUGCCGGCGAAUGCUUAUCACAGCCUGUCAACCCAGUCAUGAGGGCCUCCGAAGCCAAUUGACUGGGUCGGAUCCAGCAUUACUGGCCUUAUAUAGGGGAUUUUCGCGGUUCAUGCUGGAGGAUUUGGCAAUGCACCCGGCGACCCAGUCACUGUCUCGCUCCAAGCAAAAGAAGCUGUCUUCCAAGGUGGCCUUUGAGAUGAUGCUGCGCAACCAGGCAUAUUCCAAUCUGGUCGAGCUGAUGUUCCCCAGCUCCGUCCGUCUAUCGAUCCAUGCGCACUCUAACACCGGCCCCAAGUUUGCCAUCCGGCUCUUCGACCCUAGCACCACGCGCGUUGUCGACUCGCUUGAUCGGCAGCAUGAAGCGGGCAGCAUGCACGACCUCUUGCACAUCCCAACCCCCUGGCAUAACUGCAUCGUGCAGUUUGAGGGAAACAAUGUCGUUUAUGUCACUAAAGCGGUCGCCGUGGAGAAGUAUCUAUCAGCCAACUCGUCCGGGUGGCGUAAGGACGGUGACUUGCGCAAUGGCCGAGGGGCGUAUUUCUUCUUCAAACCGAUGAAACCAGCGAAUACGGCCGUCGUCCCCGGAUAUGCUGCCCCAAUAGUGGCCCGGGGAAAUGUCGUGGUGGAAUAA